UAUUGCAACCAAGUUAAGAAAAGAAAAAUUUGCAGCACUUUUUUUUUAUAAGAAAAUGUGAUCGAAAGUGUAUGCAAAUAAGUAACUUUUAUAAACCUCAAAAUAAUCUUAAAAUCUGAAGUUUUACAGUUUUACUUUAACUUGAAAUUUGCAUUGCCACGACACCUCACGACAAUUGCCACGACACCUCGCGAUAAUUGCCACGACACCUCACGACAAUUGCCACGACAUCAUCUCCUUAACUUUGAUUUAUAGCACUCAUUUGCCGUUUUAUAAAGUCUUUUGUUUAUUAAAUAGUGGUAAAACUUUUAUCGAACAAUACGCCUUAAUUUUAGAAGUGGUUAGCUUGCAGCAUUUUUGAACUGAUUUGCAGCAUUUUUGAACUAUAUCCUUGCGCUUGCACAAUUUUUUUGAUUUUUAUAUACAGAAUAAAAAGUUUUUGAAGUUUUAUAGAUGUUAUAUAUAUAUAUAUAGUAUUUAAAACGAUAUUGCUAUAACAGACGAAAUGAAGAGAAUUUUUAAAAAAGCAUAAAAUUUUUAAAUUAUUAAAAAACGGGGAGAAUGUUGCGCAUAUGUCAAGAUAGAGAUACAGUGGUAUGUUAAUAAUGUGGUAUAUAUAAUCACUGACAAUUUUUAUAACAACUAUAUUUUCACAAAUAUAAUCAAAACAUACUUAUCAGAUCAUUUUACAUUUUUUUUAAUAUUUAGCAAUAUAACAAUCAAUAACAUUUUUACUAAAUAUAAAAUAUACAGGUGGCAAAUCAAUAAAUACCGUGAGAUGGGGUGAAUGGAAACAGCGAGGAGAAUAGGAACACAAAUCAUUGAAUUUGUUUAAAAAUUUGUAUUUGCCGCACUUUUUUAGUUAGAAACAUGCGGUUUUUAGCAGUUGCAAGUAAACACAAGGUUCCUUUAAAAAAGCCUUCUUUAUGUCUAGAUUUCACGGCCAACUUGAUCAGUUGUUUUGUAACUCAAGCUUCAAUAUUUUUGUAUUUUUGGACAUCCGAAGAAACUUAGGACUUGGGACCAUCAGAACCUUAAUUUGUUGCCCUAACAAAGUUUCUACAUAUACACCAAAUUGUCCAGAAGCGCAAGAGAACUCCUGCAUUAUAUCUACGCUGAAGGCUCCCUGGGAAUACGGAAAAUACAGAGUUUGUAGCAUACAAUGCGUUUUACGAAAAGAAGUUGAGGAUCUAAUAAUGAAAUAUAAAAAGCUGCAAUCCCUUAAAAACAGAUUAACACCAGGAACAAUCAAGGAUAGAGAUAUCUUUUUAAUAGAAUCUAAAAAGGUAUUUUGGUUAGAACAUGACAUAAAAAUUAUGAUUGAUGAAUAACAAUGGAUAAAAAAAGAACAAAAUAAACUUAAUGUAUAGACAUUAUGCUUUAGAAAGUGAAUAAGGAAAAAAGACAAGGUUACCUAGGUGAUUUUGAUAUUGAUUGGUGAUAUUGAUAUUGAUAUUUAUUGAUUGGAAAAAA